AAAACCUUACCCAGAGCCAGGCACACACACUCACUCACAUCCUCAGUGGCUUUGUGCAUCCAGGUCUGCCAAGACAACUCCACCCACCCCUCCUCUCUCUGCAAAAAGUGAACAAACUAGCACAGAGAAACGUAAAGAAGACCAAAUCUCAGCUGUGAAACAUUUCAGCAGAUCAGUAAUGGCCUGGAUCAGUAAUAUCUCCUGGUUAAACCACCUUGCUCUACAGGAAGAACGUUUCAGGGGGUACUUAAACAGCACUGAGGAUUACUUAGCCUUCCUGUGUGGGCCCAGACGGAGCCACCUGUUCCUGCCCAUGGCUUUGGUGUACACCCUGAUCUUCAUUGUUGGGGUGGUGGGGAACUUCUUAGUUUGCCUCGUAAUCCUCAAGCACCAGAACAUGAAGACCCCGACCAAUUAUUACCUCUUCAGUCUGGCGGUCUCGGACCUGCUCGUGCUGCUUUUCGGGAUGCCACUGGAAGUCUACGAGAUGUGGAGCAACUACCCCUUCCUGUUCGGGCCCGUCGGCUGCUACCUGAAGACAGCGCUCUUUGAGACGGUGUGCUUUGCCUCCAUCCUCAGCGUGACCACGCUCAGCGUGGAGAGGUACAUCGCCAUCCUCCACCCCUUCCGUGCCAAGCUGAAGAGCACCCGCAGGCGAGCCCUGAGGACCAUCCUGGCGCUCUGGGUCCUCUCUGUCCUCUUUGCCCUCCCCAACACGGGCACCCAUGGCAUCAUGCUGCAGCAUUUCCCCAACGGCACCCUGGUCCCGGGCUCUGCUACCUGCACUGUGGUCAUGCCCUUGUGGAUCUACAACUGUAUUGUCCAGAUUACUUCUCUUCUCUUCUAUGCGCUGCCCAUGGGGGUAAUAAGUGUGCUGUACUAUCUGAUGGGGCUAAGAUUGAAAGGAGAUGAAACUUUGGAAGUAGAGGAAAUGGCUGUGAAUGUUCAGAGACCAUCCAGGAAAUCAGUCACAAAGAUGUUGUUUGUCCUCGUGAUAGUUUUUGCUAUCUGCUGGGCUCCAUUCCAUAUAGAUCGACUUUUCUUCAGCUUUGUUGUGGAGUGGACUGAGCCUUUGGCUAACACAUUCAACUUAAUUCAUGUGGUGUCAGGCGUUUUCUUCUAUCUGAGCUCUGCCACGAACCCCAUCAUUUACAACCUGUUGUCCCAGCGCUUCAGGAUGGCUUUCCUCAGUGUGAUUUCUCCUUGCUGUAAGCACUGGGCCCCUGAACAUCCCACUUGCAAGAUUUCUGCCCAGAAGAGCAUGUUUGUGAUUGAGGGUCACAAUCUCAUGGACUCUGCUGAAUACAUGAGUGCCCCUGGCACACACAGGACAUCUGUCAGCAGUUCUCAGCUCUCCACUGGUCUGUGACUUUCCAUGUGAUGAUCCAGGUG